CGCAGAGAGUGAUGCUGCAUCAUCUUCACUCCUAAACCCUUCCAACACGCAAAACCAUGGAUUAUUGCAAAGGAUCACGCACUGGAUUUUCUUCUUAACAGCUGGGAUUACCGACCAACCCAAUUGUAGAAACAUUUGCUUUGAACUGUUUUCGACUGUUUUCUUUUAAAACUAUAGAUUCUGGUUCGAUUUGGUCGUCAAAAGUUGGAUUCAAACCGCCGCUGAACUUGUAUGGAACUUUGGAACGGCCAAACAGAAAAAAACAAACAUUUAUUCUAUAAUGUUUUUGCAGAAUUUAAACAGCAACUUCCGUUUGUAUACACGCUUUUUUCAGGCGAUGAAACAAGCGCCCCAGUCCAUACGCUGCUGAGCAAACCAUACUCUCUGGUGUGCGCGUGCUAGUUCCUCCUCGGAUAUUUCACCGUACUUUCGUUCAUUCAUUUUUUCGCAGAAGACGUGGAUUUUGAAAAUGUAAGGUACCUGCUCGAAUUACUAGAAAUGCUAUUGUUUUGCCAUUUAAUGUGCAUUGUCCAUCGUCUGUAUUUACUGAACCGUUUCCUAAGCUGUAGAGCGAACUUUUCCGCCUUUCCCACCCUCGGAAAUUUUGUCACCCAUGACUGAAACCAUGGCGUUGAGUGGAAACUCUAAAGCUAAAGACAACAGUUUUCCAGAUGUUAUCGAACUAAACGUCGGGGGGCAGGUGUAUUAUACCCGACACGUCACGUUAAUAAGCAAUCCUGGCUCCCUUUUGGGGAAAAUAUUCUCUCCUAAAAAUAACGCAUCGAAUGAUCUCGCCAGGGACCCCAAAGGUCGUUAUUUCAUCGACCGGGAUGGGUUUUUGUUCAGAUAUGUGUUAGACUACCUCAGAGACAAGCAAGUUGUCCUCCCCGACCACUUCCCCGAGAAGGGGAGGCUGAGGAAAGAAGCGGAGUACUUUCAAUUGCCUGAUUUGGUGAAACUCUUAAGCCCGGACGACUUGAAGCCCAGUCCUGACGAAUACAUCCACAGUGAUUACGAGGAUGGGUCUCAAGGAAGCGACCAGAGAAUGUGCCCUCCGCCCUCGCUCGUUCCCGCCGACAGAAAAAGCGGGUUCAUAACCGUCGGAUAUCGCGGAUCUUGUACAAUGGGGAGGGAGAGUCAAACCGAUGCCAAAUUCCGGAGGGUGCCACGGAUUAUGAUAUGUGGGAGGAUUGCGCUGGCCAAAGAAGUUUUUGGCGAGACCUUGAAUGAGAGCAGGGACCCGGAUAGGACCCCCGACAGGUACACGUCCCGCUUUUACCUCAAGUUCAAGCACCUGGAGCGCUCUUUCGACAUGCUCUCGGAGUGUGGUUUCCAGAUGGUCGCGUGCAACUCGUCAGUGACGGCCUCGGUCGUCAACCAGCACACUGACGACAAGAUAUGGUCGAGUUACACUGAGUACGUCUUUUACCGUAAGUUUCCUUUCUAA